AUGGGAUCGGAAAUGGACGACUCACAACGUAUUUUCAUUUGCACCGGAAGACAAUGCUUCACUUUGGGAGGCAAAGGAAGAGAAAUCGGCGUUUACACGGCUGGCAUGCUUUUUGCACUGUCUUGCUGGAUGUUUGUAGACGGACUAUUAUUCUCAUCCACUUUACCCAACCGUGUUAUCCCACCGGGCUUUGAAGAUUGGGCGCCUGGCAUAGUCGCCAUACUUGGCAUGAUCACGCAAGUUAACAAUGACAACGGCUCUAUCAAUCUCAUUGAUAAAGAAGCUCUCAACGGCGACGAAUUUGAUGGUCGUAUUCCUUGGCGAGCUCGCUUGAUUUUAUUCCUGGGAUUUGCUAUGCUUGGUGGUGGUGUGGCAGGUUCAGUGACCGUUUUAAUAGUCAAGUAUACUAUUCAUGAUCUGACGCCUUUGGAUUAUUAUUUGGGGAUUAUGGAGGUCAUCCAAUGCACUCUCAUCAUGAUGAGGUCGCAACCGCAAGAUCAAUAUCAUUACAUUUAA